GCACUGCACGCCCGGCCUGGGACGGGACGCCCGUGCCGGGGCACAGCCGCCUCACCCACACCCCGCACACUUCCCGAGCCACCGCUGCGCCCGCGCUCGCCGGCGGCCCUGCUGGAGGCGGGGCGCACUCGGCCCACUUCCGCCCCGGCAGAGGCGACCGACGGCGGGACGCGCCCAGUGCGACAGGCCGGUGCGCCGCCGAGGCCCCGGGCCUUCCUUCCAGCGGCCGCACGCAAAUGAGGGCUCCGGCCACGCGCGUCGUGAUUCGCGCGUUGGCGGCGGCGGCGGCGCUGCGGCGAGGGAGCCGGGCUAUUUUCCUGUUUGUGAGAGUCCCUGUGUUUGCCAUCAUGUCUGGUCGCGGAAAGCAAGGCGGCAAGGCCCGCGCCAAGGCCAAGUCGCGCUCGUCCCGCGCCGGCCUGCAGUUCCCGGUGGGGCGCGUGCACCGGCUGCUGCGCAAGGGCAACUACGCGGAGCGCGUGGGCGCCGGCGCGCCCGUGUACAUGGCGGCCGUGCUGGAGUACCUGACGGCCGAGAUCCUGGAGCUGGCGGGCAACGCGGCCCGCGACAACAAGAAGACGCGCAUCAUCCCGCGCCACCUGCAGCUGGCCAUCCGCAACGACGAGGAGCUCAACAAGCUCCUGGGCAAAGUCACCAUCGCGCAGGGCGGCGUCCUGCCCAACAUCCAGGCGGUGCUGCUGCCCAAGAAGACCGAGAGCCACCACAAGGCGAAGGGCAAGUGUCCCGCCCGCAGCGACCAGCGCGCCGGCUCCCCACCUGCACUCCUGACAGUUCCCGCCCCUCCGUUAAAGCUGGCGGCCGUCGAGGCCAGGCCAGACGUCAGUCCCACCCAGCUGCCGCUCCCGCCCGGUCCUUCGGCAAACUUGGGGCGGGCGGGCGGGCGGGCGCGCUUCUCCCUGGCAGAGCCGGGAGCGGCCGUCUACCGGCAGCUGCGAGAGGCGGCCCCACCCGCGGGGCGCGUUGUCAAGUCCGCUCGCCGCAGGGAGGGGACGAGGGGCGGGCCGGGCACCGGGGGCGGGGCAGGCCCGGGCCAAUCGGCGGGUUCGAGCACGGUGACGUCACGGCCAAUGGCCCGUCAGCGCGGGACUUUCAAGUCGCUGUCUCCGCCCCGCCCGCGGGAAGAGUGCGCCUAUAAAGACGGGCGGCCGGGGAUCCGGGCAGGUCCCCGAGUCCUGGUCUGGGUGUCUCCUGUCUCUGCCAUGGCUCGCACGAAGCAGACCGCCCGCAAGUCCACCGGCGGCAAGGCCCCGCGCAAGCAGCUGGCCACCAAGGCUGCCCGCAAGAGCGCGCCGGCCACGGGCGGCGUGAAGAAGCCGCACCGCUACCGGCCGGGCACCGUGGCGCUGCGCGAGAUCCGGCGCUACCAGAAAUCGACGGAGCUGCUGAUCCGCAAGCUGCCGUUCCAGCGCCUGGUGCGCGAGAUCGCGCAGGACUUCAAGACCGACCUGCGCUUCCAGAGCUCGGCCGUGAUGGCGCUGCAGGAGGCGAGCGAGGCCUACCUGGUGGGGCUCUUCGAGGACACCAACCUGUGCGCCAUCCACGCCAAGCGCGUCACCAUCAUGCCCAAGGACAUCCAGCUGGCCCGCCGCAUCCGCGGGGAGCGGGCCUGAGCUCUUGAUCUCGGUUCCAUCCCACCAAAGGCUCUUUUCAGAGCCACCACAUGUGCCCAGAAGGAGCUGUUUGCGUCUCUGUCUUUUGCGUGGUCUCUCACGGUCUGGGGAAGGGGUCGGUUUCGGGGUAAUGGCCGAGCAGCGACGAGCACUGUUUGGGUUUCUCCAGGUAUUGCAUCUGCGGCUUUUAGUGUUUAAGGAAUUUUUUUUAUGUUAGCUGCGGACUGGCCCUUCAAUCUUUGCUUUUUCUAGUCCCACUAACGCAAUCACUGCAAUUCAUGUCUACUUGGCCAUCCUUACACUCUGCAGCCUUUCAACUGGUAUGGUGCUGAGGUAAGGUUGGUAUUUCCAAAUCCUACCGGGGUGCGCCACCACCACAGGCAAGGUUGGUAUUUCCAGAUGGGCUGGAAUGGCUGGCCGUUGAGUCUGACGCUAGGGAGAAACUUAAUAUUCUGUAUCUCAGUCCCGGAGGUCAAGGAUCCGUUGUGUUAAAUCUGACCGGAAGUGUUGGGUGCCACGCCCAUCACUGACCAGUACUGCAUGUGUGCUAUGACCUGGUUGGGAAAAUUAGGUGAGUGGGAGUGGCUGAGCAUAUAGGGUAUUGCGUGCUUGAUGAUAUACUAUGUAGCCGCAGCCCUGGCUCGAGCAGAAAGGGCUUUAUCUAAACUAGUGAACGCCCAGGAGACCUGGCUUCCCCCUUCCUCAUAAUUAAUUACCUCGCUAAAUUUCUAGACUGCUGAAGAUAAAAUGGUUGCUCCUU